AUGGGGAACGCACUGAAGCGUAUGGUUUUUCAGCCGCCAUCGCAGCCGACGUACGAGUGUGACGCUCGGUACAUCUGGCUCGCCACACGGAGGCAACAGCGGAUUCCUGCGUUCUUCAUCGACCGAGGCGCCAGCAUCACCGUCAUCUUCAGCCACGGGAACGCAGAAGACAUCGGAAUGGUCAUCGAGUACUUCACGGAGGUUGCAACCCUUUGGAACUGCAAUUUCUUCAUCUACGAAUACGUCGGGUAUGGCCGAAGCUCGGGAAGACCUUCGGAGCAAGGAGUCUACGACUCGAUUGAAGCCGCCUACGACUACCUCACGAAGCAACUGGGGCUGCCUUCCACGUCUCUCGUCGCCUAUGGGCGGUCGCUUGGCACCGGCGCGUCCUGUCACUUGGCCUCUCGCCACCGCCUCGCGGGGAUGAUUCUGCAGAGCGGUUUGACGUCGAUUCACCGCGUCGGGCUGAACACGCGAUUCUCGCUCCCCGGCGACAUGUUCUGCAACAUCGACAAAAUCACCAAAGUCGACUGCCCUGUCUUCGUCAUCCACGGCACCAAGGACGAAAUCGUUCCCGUUCACCACGGGAUGGAGCUCUACAACAAGUGCCGCACAAGCGUGACGCCUUACUGGGUUGAGGGCGGGGGUCACAACAACCUGGAGCUCCUCGGCCGCCGCUCCUUCUACGAGAACGUCGCGCGCUUCCUCAAGUUCGUCCGGUCUCGGACGCCUCCGCCUGAAGAAACGCGAUCGCAGUCCAGGACGCCCUUCCUCUCUUCUGUCAGCACCGGCGCCGCGUAG